AGGCAGGCAGGCAGGCAGGCAGGCCGCAGGCAGCGAGCGAGCAUUCGUUCGUCCGUUCGUCUGUUCAUCCGUUCGUUCGUUCGUCGGCGACGCGAAAACUGCCUGUGGACCCAUCCAUCUACCUCCUUAGACGGGACAGGAUGGAUGACCGGCGCGCGAGCGAGGGAGGGAGCGAGACCAGAAAUCUGGGGAAACCUUGCGCCUGCCUGCCUGCUUGCCUCCCUCCCUGCCUGCCUGCUACAUACGGUGCGAGGCACAUACAUCUCCGUACAUCGAGGUAUAGGAAUAAAAACAAAAACAAUAAAUGGGGAUGGCUGGCUGGCAGCUGGCUCUGGCCUGCCGGAGAGGGCUAAAUGCUGCCUCUUCUGAGAGCAGAGUGCCGUAGAGUAGAGUACUCAGGUAGGGAAUUAAAUUGGAUUGGAUUGGAUUUUUCUUGUCGGC